CGUGCACAAACCCCAAGUUCUCGCGGAGCUAUUUUUCCUCCGUUCCGUUAGCCACAGCAGCAGCUAGCCGCCUCUGGCUGGGACUCAGUGCGGGUCCGUCGCCGUGUCUCUUGACUGUUUGAUGAGGCUUGGACGCGGGGGGAAAUGUGGUCCUUUUUCGCCAGGGAUCCCGUCAAAGACUUCGCCUACGAGAUCCUCCCGGACAGCCCGGAGAAGUCGGGAAUAUGGACCCUGCAUCGGGGGAAGAGGAAGACCUCUGGAGAGCCGGUGUCGGUGUUUGUCUACGAGCUGGCCCAGGGAACCGAACCGCAGACCCAGCUGGCCAAGGCUGCCUUCAAGAGGAUGAAGACCCUGCGCCAUCCCAACAUUCUGGCUUAUGUGGACGGGCUGGAGAGAGAGACAGACAAGAGUCUUUAUUUGGUCACGGAGCAGGUGACUCCUCUUGCUGUUCACCUGAAGGCGCAGGCAGAGAAGGGGGAACUGGAGAUCUCCUGGGGUCUACAUCAGAUAGUGAAAGCUCUGAGUUUUCUGGUCAACGACUGCCACCUACUUCAUAACAACCUGGGGAUCUGGGCGGUCUUUGUGGACCGAGCUGGGGAGUGGAAGCUCGGCGCCCUCGAUCAUGUGGCACCGGAGCAGGGGGACCCCAGCGGGGUCGCGCUCCCCUGCCCCAAGACGGUUUACCCAGACAUGGAGAAAUACGACCCGCCAGAGACGUCCAACAGCGGCGCAGAGAAAUGGGCAGGGGAGGUGUGGCGACUGGGAUGUCUGAUAUGGGAGGUGUUCAACGGACCACUGCCUCGGACAUCUUCCCUCCGAUCUCUGGGAAAAAUUCCAAAGUCCCUGGUCCCCCACUACUGUGAGCUGGUCGGGGCUAAUCCCCGGGCCCGACCCAACCCGGCCCGCUUCCUCCAGAACUGCAGAGCCUCCGGAGGGUUCCUCAGCAACAGCUUUGUGGAAAGCAACCUUUUCCUGGAAGAGAUCCAGAUUAAGGAAGCGGCUGAGAAGCAGCAGUUUUUCCAGGACCUGAACGAUCAUCUGGACUCGUUUCCUGAAGACUUCUGUAAACACAAAGUCCUGCCUCAGCUGCUCACCGCCUUUGAGUUCGGAAACGCCGGCGCCGUCAUCCUGACGCCGCUCUUCAAGGUGGGGAAGUUCCUGUCAGCAGAAGAAUACCAACAGAAAAUCAUUCCUGUCAUCGUGAAGAUGUUUUCCUCCACAGAUCGAGCGAUGAGAAUACGACUUCUACAGCAGAUGGAGCAGUUCAUCCAGUAUCUGAACGAGGCGGCCGUCAACUCCCAGAUCUUCCCUCACGUCGUCCACGGCUUCACCGACACCAACCCCGCCAUCAGGGAGCAGACCGUUAAGUCCAUGCUGCUGCUCGCUCCCAAGCUGAACGAGGCCAACCUCAACCAGGAGCUCAUGCGCCACUUCGCCCGGCUGCAGGCCAGAGACGAGCAGGGCCCCAUCCGCUGCAACACCACCGUGUGUUUGGGCAAAAUCGCCUCCUACCUCAACGCCGGGACCCGGCAACGGAUUCUGAUCUCUGCCUUCUCCCGGGCCACCAAAGACCCGUUUCCCGCGUCCCGCUCUGCCGGCGUGCUGGGCUUCGCAGCAACGCACAACUACUACAGCGUCACAGAGAUCGCCGCCCGCAUCCUGCCCACCCUCUGCGCCGUCACUGUGGAUCCCGACAAGGGCGUCCGGGACCAGGCGUUCAAGGCCAUCAAGAGUUUCCUCUCCAAGCUGGAGGCCGUCUCUGAAGAUCCGAGCAAGCUGGCUGAGAUCGAGAAGGAUGUAGGAUCCAGCGCUCACCCGGCGGGAGCUUCCUCCAGCUGGGCGGGCUGGGCCGUGACCGGCGUCUCCUCGCUAACCUCCAAGCUGAUCCGCAACAACCCGGGUACGGAGGGGAGCGCAGCAGCCGAGGGGAGCGGGCCGGCCAACCCGGCCAGUCCCACCAGCGCCACUGACCCGGCAUCAGACCCGAGCAAAGAUAAAACCCAACAAUCCUCCUUGGCUCACCACGGUGCCAACCAGCCACAGACCCCUGAAGCCACAGACAACGACGGCGAGCAAAUCGGAGAGCGCUGGGACGACGAGGAGGACUGGGGCAGCCUGGAGGAGCCAGAGAGACGCCAGACGGAUGACUGGAACACCGACUGGUCUGGAGCAGCGGCCUCCAAAAAGAAGCCCAAUGAUAGAGGAGCUGGACGGUCGUCUGCCUCCAUGGCGGUGAAGAAGCAGAGCUCUGACUGGAGCAGCUCAGGCUGGGACGCCGACGACAGCUGGUCCAACGAGAAGGAGGGCCAGGGCCAGAGCUCGGCGGGGGAGGAGGGCUGGGGCAACGACUGGGCGGAGGAGGAGGAGGACGCGGACGUGACGGGCGGCGGUAAAAACCCGCCCCUUCCCGAAGGCGUGCGGCUAGCCAGCGAGUACAACUGGGACGGCAGCAGCAGCUCCGGGAAGGGCGCCACUCAGAACGACCUGUUCGCCAGCGUGUCUCAGAGGAGCACCUCUGCGACCACGGCUGGAGACAGCUGGGGAUCAGAGACGAUAGGAGACUGGGGAACCGAGAGCUGGGAGUCAGUGGAGGGAGGCCAGAAUCUCAGCAAGGCAGAGCUGUCUAAGAAGAAACGAGAGGAGAGGAGGAAAGAGCUGGAGGCCAAACGGGCAGAGCGUAAGGCAGCUAAAGGUCCUCUCAAACUUGGAGCGCGUAAGCUGGACUGAUUCUGGUCAAACAGGGAGGCUGGGGAUGUGGACCACGGGGGGCCCAGGAGUGGAAGGAGGUUCCACUAGAAACGAGUAAAGAAAACUGUGAACAGGCCUUUUUUGACCAAAAAAAACCCAAAACAAAGGCCUGGAUACUGAACAGAAGAAGGGUUUUGGACUUCCAGGCUUUGGAUUUUCUGCUUUUUCUCAUGACAGGACUGAUGGAGAUUAAGGUAAAGGCAGAACUGUGACGGAAAACCCAAAGAGAUGUAAAGAGGGAUGCAACGACAUGUUCAUACAGCAUAAAGUUGCUGUUGUACAGUAAAUGUGUAUACCCUGCGCAUCAUGUGGUACAUAACUUUUUUUUUUUUUAAAGAUGCAUAUGUAUAGCAGAACGUCCUGUAAUUUACGCUGAAUGUGUUUCAUUAAGCUCUGUAUUCACACACAUGGAUAUGGCUGUUUUUAGUCCAUCUGCUCCAGAUUUUAGGCUGAAAAGCAGUCCAUGCAUGCACCUGUGUGGCCUAGCAACCAAUCUUCAUCGCAUCAAAUUACACCCGAGUCUUCACUUUGCACAUUUAGCACUGCAUCUACUUUAUGAGAGCAGCGGAUCGGCUGCAGUUCUAUCAAUGAAACCUUUUUUUAUUAUUAUUACUAUUAUUAUUUUUGGGUCGAUAAUGAAGCCUCUGGUGCAAGAGCAAAAAAUAGAAAGCUGUUGGUUUAUAAUCGAAACCUCAACUGUUUUCAUGUCUCUCCAUUUAAAGAAGAGUUUACAGUAGUUUCUUCUGGGUGUUUUUUGGGGGUAAUAUCAAAAGUAUCCAGUAGGGGUCAGUGCUGACACAAGGAAAAGCUCCAGUUUAACCAUUCAUGGUUUGGUCCGUACUAAAGUCGGUAGAGUCUGUUUUGUUGUACGGCUUGUGCCUUUUUAUUUAGCUACAGAUCUACGCUUACAAUGAACCCCAUAAACCUAAAUCUGCACCAAUAAAACGUGGAUCUUAAACUCCUCAAAUCAGUAGACAGUUUUUUAACCCCAACAUUCAUUGUAGCCUUUUAUUUUCUGUUUCUGUUGGAUGUGACAUGAUGUCAGGGGUUUGUACUGAUGAAAUGUCUCAUGGGUCAAGUCACGGUGCAUGUGUGCUAUUCCAGAAUAAAAACCAAUGUUAACUUA